AUGGCGGCGACCAUGAAGAAGGUGGCUGCAGAAGAUGUCAAUGUUACUUUUGAAGACCAACAAAAGAUAAACAAAUUUGCACGGAACACGAGUCGAAUCACAGAGCUCAAAGAGGAAAUCGAUGUGAAGAAGAAACAGCUGCAAAAUUUAGAAGACGCCUGUGAGGACAUCAUGCUUGCGGACGAUGACUGCCUCAUGAUUCCUUACCAAGUAGGCGACGUUUUCUUCAGCCACUCUCAAGAGGAAACACAAGACAUGUUAGAAGAAGCAAAGAAAAAUUUGCAAGAAGAAAUCGAUGCCUUAGAAUCCCGAGUGAAAUCAAUUCAGCGGGUGUUAGCAGAUUUGAAAGUACAGUUAUAUGCAAAAUUUGGUAGCAACAUAAACCUUGAAGCUGAUGAAAGUUAAAACAUUUUGUAAUGGUUUUUUAAAUUUGUUUAAUAAACUUGAAUCUUGUGUAAAAUGUUCACUCCCUUCAAGUGGCAUGGAAAGUAAACUUCCUUCUGAGACAUUUUUUCAUUUAUUUUAAUGGCAGUGCCUGUUUCCAUAUGUCUUGCUUAUUUAUUUUAUAUUUUUAAAAUAUAUCUAUGUAUUUUGCAUAACAUAAAGUGUAGGGCCCUUGAUGUUAUGUUAUUAAAAUCAAUUAAGCAA